UUAAUUUUAACAUGAGCUCCUCUGGGUUAUUUAUCAGUCGCUGACUUAGAGAUUAAUGAAAAAAAAAACAAAAAACUGUGUGGCACCAUGGUAUGUUGCGGGUUGUUUUUCCAGGUUGACGAGCAUUUGCAACAGCUGGAGGAAAUCAGCGAAAGAGCAAGCAAGGAACAUUCACUAGAGAGGACAUUGGACAAAAUGGAGGCUGAAUGGGCACCUCUUGUGUUCGAGACAGCUCCAUAUCGCGAUACUGGUACUUCUAUACUGAAGGGCAGUCCAGUUGAAGAUGCACAAAUGCUGCUGGAUGACCAUAUCGUGAAGGUCCAGACUAUGUCAGCGUCACCAUAUGCUACACCAUUUAUGGACCGAAUCGUUGCCUGGGAGAAAACGGUGACUACAAUGCAGGGAAUUCUUGAGGCUUGGCUCAAGGUACAGGCCACCUGGCUUUAUCUGGAGCCCAUUUUUGGAUCAGAGGAUAUCAUGCAACAGAUGCCUGUUGAGGGGGGACGGUUCCAAGAAGUAGACAAGGUUUGGCGGGAGCUCAUGGAGUCAUUGGUAUUAAUUAAGACCAUGUUGGAGGUGACAACCAUUCCAGGCGUUCUGGACAAGCUAACCAAGUGCAAUGAAAGCCUUGAGGUCAUUCAGAAAGGACUGAAUCAGUAUUUGGAGACAAAGCGGCUUGCUUUCCCACGGUUCUUCUUCUUAUCGAAUGAUGAGCUGCUCGAGAUUCUAUCGGAGACAAAGGAUCCUUUGCGAGUCCAACCAUUCCUGAAGAAGUGUUUUGAAGGAAUUCAGACAUUGGAAUUCAAGGAGAACCUAGAUAUUGUUGCUAUGAACAGCAUGGAAAAGGAGAGAGUGGAGUUCACACGGACAACAAACCCGAGAAUGGCGGGAGGAAUGGUGGAGAAAUGGCUGAUCGAAGUUGAGAAAAUGAUGAGGGAGAGUCUCAAGGUAUUCAGUUAACUUACUGCACCCCUUUCGUCUGAAGGAUUUGUGUGAGGGAAGGCAUAAAAGAUUCCUAUUCAAUGUCUUAAAAGACU